AGAAGACUUGUUUCUCGCAUGAUCAAUUGGCCGGCCGAAUGGCCGGCAGAGACGCCCCGACGAUGUCCGUUCGUUCACCCGUAUCAUCCUCCCGAAAUGGUGUCCAUGAGAUCAUCGGUGGUGAAGAUGCCGUCAUUGGCCGCGUGCAAACAUGCUGGUCAUCUCUCAUGCACGCUCAGAUCCUCCUUCAUCGACAUUCCGCCUAAUGGGCGAUGUAACCUUGCAAGCACAAGGACAGAGUCCGUUCAUUGCAGCCUCGCCUCAAGCAGUGGGGUGUGCAGAUAGACAUCUACAGUUCUCCUCGUGGCGCAUCAAGGGCUGGGCAGCUUGUUCGUUUCCUAUCUCUCUUUACCUAUUUCAUAUACUCGCUAUGCCCUCUUUUUCUAGGGCUGCUCUUCUGCCAUUGGAACGCUUGUCUUUCCUGCCUGUCUCUUCACUUUCUCCACUAGGCUGACAGGUACUCACCCUUGCACCGGCCUUAUCAACUCUACCUCGAGACGCCACUACUUCUCGACUAUCCCCAGAUAUUCUGAUGCGCUUGUUAAGAGGCCCGGCAUCUUCACGAGCUAGAACGUCCUGAAUCACUGAUCCAGAGUUGCGGCAAAGGUAGUCCUUCACACCAUAUAUGAUCCUUGAAUUCCGUGCCGCGGUCACUCGAAUGCUUUUCGAAGACAAGCCUUUUCACAAAUAUGACUUCGUCUUUGACCGAUCUCACUACGGCAGACAACUCGAUGGCAAAGAAUGCCUCGAAUGCACCACCGCGGAAACGAAGAAGACGAACUGCUGUUACCGGAGCUGCAGAGGAUUGCUUCACUUGCCGUAAGAAGCAAGUCAAAUGUGACCGGAGACGACCAUAUUGCACCCAAUGCUUGGAGAUGGGCAAGGAUUGCACAGGCUACCGAACAACGCUCACUUGGGGCGUUGGAGUUGCGUCCCGUGGAAAGUUGCGUGGACUUUCACUACCUAUUGCCAAUUCGAGCAAAAGAGCACCGACAUCGAAUGACGAUGGAAAAUCACACCGAGCAAACACAGAGAAGGCGGCGACGUCGCCUUCCCCUGUUCCCCCUCAACUGGAGCGAAAGGGACCGGACGACAACUUCAGCCCUCCCUACCAUCGUACAGCUGAGCUUGGGUCCACAGUCUACCCGCAUGGCAGCUACUCACCGACCAGUCCCAUUCCAAUCCCAUCUCAGCAAGGUCGUAGCGGCUGGCACAUGUCAAAUUUCGCGGAUGUCUUGGAUGGUUACCAAAAUCUACUGAGCAAGGCGACAAGACUUCAAAUCCGGCCAAAUCCUUUACGUCGGAUUCACACCACCGGCACGGCCUCAUUAGAUGAAGUCGCCUAUUCUACGCCGUCGAGUGCGUUCAGUGAUAGUGACUAUCCGUCUCCGAGCGAAUUUCCAGCCACCCCGGAGGAUUAUGGGAUCCCCGAGCCUCUUGUCAACUCUUACUCAGAGUCGUACCCGUGUCCGCCGCCAGAACAGUUACAACCUGUCGACAGUUAUAGAUAUGUGGAGACACCCCGCUCGUUUCCAAGUAACACGGCGUUCAGUGUACCGGAAGUAGCCUCUGUUAGAAGCACUUCCAGCAACUACAGCAUGCUUGCAUCAUCCGCACUACCCACUUCAUUCUCAGAUCUUUUGCACUCCCAUGACUACACGCCAACGAACGAACUUUCACAUUCGUAUCCUGUGGGGCAGAAAGUAGAUCACGACUACUUCUCAGAUGGACUCUCAGAUUUUUCGGUUAGUGUUCCCUCCACUUGGCCUGCACUUCAACCAACGCAUAAGAAUUCAGGACUCCGUGGUCUUCCGUCCCGAAUGCAAUUCUUACUCGGAUCAUACAGCAAAGCCGUGUGCCCCUUGUUUGUGGCUUCCGACCAUGAACGAAACCCCUACAGGUUGCAUGUGAUGGCGCAUCUCAAUUCAAGUUUACCGUUACAAUACGCUGUUGCUGCCUUAGUCUCAUGCCACCUUAAAUCGUACAAGGCAGACGAUUUGAGUGCACUCGCCAUGGAUAGCUUUGAAUCAUCGCAAACAAUCCCCAUGAAAGUGGACUGCCCAAAUCCGGAGCAACAUGAGUUGAAUUACAAAAAGUUGGCCACAGAUGCAUUCAACGACGCUCUCAAGACUAGCAACAUGUCAGGCGAUGAGUCCAUCCUCAUUACCUUACUAGUUCUCUGUCUUUUGCAUUUGUCGGAAUCCGGCUUUGGUAACUUUAAAAUCGGGUUAGCUGGCGUUAAAAAACUUUUAUCCCUUCAUAAAUCGGGAGCGCAAGGCCAGCUAUCUGAAACGAUGUCCUGGGCUGAAAAUUGGUUCCUCUGGUUGGACAUUCUCGUGUCGGCUAUGGGAGAUGGUGCAGCAGCACGGCAAUCCGAAGUGCUCAAUGCUCUUGAUCGUUCUGCGUAUCUUGGCUCAGUGGAAUACCUAGCCAACUGCGAGGGUCAACUGUACGACGCUGUUGCGCGGCUCAAAGACUGGAGUCUGUCCUUAACCCGUCUUGCUCCAUCUCGAGAUUUUUACGGAGGGCAGAUUACGAGCUGCGAACCCGAUCUCGCUUUCGAAACGAGUCGGCAUUUCUGGACUCCACUGUCCAAGGUACAAAGUCGGUUGAAAUCGAUCGCGAGUCAUCCAAAUUUCCACGAGGCUGAAGCAGAUCCUAUGAUCUUGAAUUAUACUAUGGACUGUUUUAAAAAUGCCGCAGCAAUAUAUGCGGAGCGCAUCACUCGGGUCAACCAAGAACCAUCAACACAUAUUGAGGACAUUGUGGCACGAUCUAUUCCCUGUGUAACCGGCAUUUCAAGCAGCAGCUGUAUCAAUGAAUUCAUUCUUUGGCCACUGCUGGUCAUCGGUACAGAGUGUGUACAAGAGCAUCAUCGAGACCUGUUCCGUCAACGUAUCGCCACGGCUACAUCAGGAUCUCACUUCUUCGGCGAUUUCUCAUGCGUUGAAGUGCUCUUCAAAGUGUGGACAUUGAUUGACCUAGGCAUGACCUCCGUCAAUGUGCCUGUGAAGGUACGAGACUCAUGGCCACGUCUGAGUUGCCUCGGUGGACGAGCAGCAACCUGGUACAAUGCGAUGGCAAUACUCGAACACAGCGGUCGCAGUUGAUGAAUGGGAAAGGCACGUGGAUAAAAUACUCUGUGAUAUCUGUAACUUCGGUAUUCCUCUAAAAGCAAAACAAAAGUUAUGUGUGGUCUAUAUGCCAAAUCUAAAACGAAAAGCAUUGUCACGAGUCGAUGAUGAUAACCGGAAAAAUUAAUGAUAAAAUGAGGGAAUGCUUCUCUGGUAUGAGCCAUAUAUGGCUGUUUUUUAUGGGGUUCUUUUCUUUUUGCUCCAAUCUCAUCUGAUCUGCACUUUUAGUUAUUUACAUUUCAAUGUCCAUCCUGUGCACCACUGAC